AUGAAGGAUUUGGGCAUGUUACGGUAUUUUUUGGGUAUUGAGGUGGCACAGUCUCAGAAAGGAUACCUCCUUUCUCAGACAAAGUAUAUUUCCGAUUUGUUUCAGCGGGCAAGGCUUACUGAUAACAAAACUGUAGACACUCCUCUUGAAACCAAUGCACGGUAUUCUCCUACUGAUGGUGUUCCUUUAUCUGAUUCGAGCCUAUAUCGUACUAUUGUAGGCAGCUUGGUUUAUCUUACAGUUACUCGCCCUGAUAUAGCUCAUGGGGUUGUUCUUCGUAUUCUGAGAUAUCUCCGCGGGACUCAGUUUCAGAGUCUCCUGUUUCCUUCGACAUCUUCUCUUGAGUUGCGUGCCUAUAGUGAUGCUGAUUGGGAUAGUGAUCCUAAUGAUCGUAAAUCCACCACUGGUUUCUGUGUUUUCCUUGGAGAUUGGCUAAUCUCAUGGAAAAGUAAGAAACAAGAUGUUGUUUCUAGAUCUUCUACUGAGGCUGAGUAUCGUGCUAUGGCUGUGACUACAUGUGAGAUUGUUGGGUUACGUUGGCUUCUUGCAUAUAUGGGAAUUAACAUUUCUCAGCCUACUCCUCUACAUUGUGAUAACAAAAGUGCUAUGCAGAUUGCAAAGAAUUCUGUUUUUUCAUGA